AAGAUGUUUGGUGGUCAUCUUACUGACAGACCAGACAAAGCAUGAACAUGAAGAAGCAUUUUGGCAUCAUUUUAAUCCAUUUAUUCAAUUUUACUACAGCAAAAUGUCUCUUUUGGGUUCAGACCCAUUUAUUUGGCGAAUGUGAACGAGCCUUGAGAAGGCUAGUUGGUGCUGCAGGUAGUACUGCCAUAACAACAAUACAGUGGCAACGAUAUUAAAUGUUCAUCCCUCAUUCAUUCAUUCUUGUUAAAGCUACCUGCGGAACUGUUUCCAAACAAAUCAAUAUUAAGUAUAGGGAGACGCAGAGACCCACAUAGACGAUGACGACAGGACGCAAGUCUGUCAUGUAAAGUGGUUUAGUGCGGUCGUAACAUUUUGUUCAUGAGGACCAGGGCUGCUGAUUGACAGGAAGAGAGACCAAUCGGUUCACGAACAAGCCUCACUUAAACACUAAGGGGAAGGCUGUUGAUCUGAUGGGACUGUUAGGACUAAUACUUAUGCAGUAAUAUACAAAACCAAAGUGACAAAGACCGAAAGAAGAAGAUAGGAAGUUGGUGGGUAACACCUCAGGAAAUAGGUCUGUGCAGAAACUGUAGAUCAACCAACCAAUGAAAACAGGAACAGACAAAACCAACUGAAGGUAAAGAGUUUGAGGAUUUUAACAUCCAAGAUCAAUAAAAUGAGCUUUCUUCUCCUUCUCCUCUUCUCACUGAUGACAGGUUGUGAGGCCUCGUCUGAAGAGUCUAAAGUGAAGGGAUGCACAGACGGAUGGGUUGAAUUCACCUGCGAAUGUCCAAAACCAAAUGAACAUGUUAAUUUAGUUAUUCACAAAAAAACAACCAUACAAAGCACUAAAAAGGAUGUUUGGGAAAACAAAGGCAGAGUUUCACUGUACCAUGAUACAAAAAAAAAAAAUCUCAGGAUGGCCAUUAAACAACUUGAAAAGAAGGACAUUGGGACGUACACGUGUAAAUUUAAAAAUAAUGAAAUCAAAAAACUGGAAUUGGAUGUUGACAAAGACUGCCAGAAACAAUUUAUUCAAACUGCGUACAGAACAGCUAAAACCACCAUCACAUGUGAUCACACAGGAAACGAAUACAAGUUCUUCUGCAAAGAGAAAGGUUCAAUCUGUGAGGAUAUUUUAUCAACAAAAUCCUCUCUGAAGUCAAAGGGGACAUUCACUCUCACAGAAACCAACAGUAGCUUCAGCGUGUCCAUCAGUAAGGUGUCCUCACGUGAUGCUGGUGUCUACUGGUGUGGAGUGGAAACACAUGAAGGAAGUUACAGAGCUGCUCUCAGAAAGAUACAGCUGGAGGUUGAAGCUACUAUUACCAGAUUCACAAAGUCUCCAACUGUUGGACAGAAUCUGACAUACUGGUGUGAAUAUCCAAAUGGUGCUCUGAUAAACAAAUUCAUCUGUAAGGGAGAAGAUCCAUCUAUAUGUCAACCUCUAGUAAGCACCGCACAGCACAACAACAACACUGGGAGGUUUUCCAUGAAGGAGGACAAAGACAAGAGAAAUAUCACCAUAACAGUGAGAAACGUAACAACAGACGACACUGGGACAUACUGGUGUGGAGCAAAAAGCACUGACAAAACACGCAGCAACCCAUUCUUCCACAAACUGGUGAUGACUGUAGUAUCACCAGCCGUAUCAUCUACAUCAUCGACAUUUCUGGUUUCUUCAACCCAGUCAAAUACUGCGUCUGCUGAGAGCCGUGGUGGCUCUCAGGUCGUCAUUACUGUGAUCGUCUGCGUAGUUGUGCUGCUGCUGCUGCUGCUGUUUGUGCUAAUUGUGAUCCUUUUCUACAGACGACGUUCACAUUCAAAGACCACAGGAAAAGAAGCAGCAUCACAGAACAUCAAACAGGAUUAUGUCUACGAGGAGAUACAGCAGCCCGUCCAGACUCCAGACUCAGGAAAUGAGAUGAACACGAUUUAUGCCAAUGCCAACUUUCCCACAAACUCCUCUGCCUCGCAGUAUUACUCUACUGUCAACUUCCAAAGCAGCUCUGACAGAGUUGGUGGUGAGGCAGUGAUCCUCAAACCCAGCUCUGCUGCCUGCGAAUAUUCUGCUGUGAAGCAAAGUGAAACCUACUCUACUGUCAACCAGCCGUCCAGCUUUUCAGAGGAUCCUCUCUACGCAACAGUCAACAAGCCACAGCAGCACCGAGCAAAGAUCAGCCCUGUUAGGAAUUUAUGACAUUUAAUACAUGUAUGGCCAAAAUUUCAGGUCAUUCAUGAGUGUUAUGGCAGAAAAUUGUGUCCUCUUACAUUUAAUCGUUUAUGUAUGAUCUUUUAAUAUUAUCAUUAUUAUUAUUGAUAUAGAUAUGUAUUGUGUUUUUAUCCUUAACCUUUCCUCUCCU